UGUUAUUGAACCAUGCCGGGUGAAAAUUAACACGAGGGACACUAUUGAUAUAAAAUGAUGGCUUCUAUGUCUACUGGAGGUCCAGGGGACCCCCAUACCCAAAUGAAUACUUAUCGCAGUUAUGUGACGAUGUUAGCGGACCCCGGGGCUAAAGAUGAAAUCAAACUAAAAGCUGCACAGGAACUUAGUGAAAAUUUUGAGGUGAUUUUAAGCUCUCCUCAGUACCCGCAAUUCUUAGAGCAUUCUCUGAAAAUAUUUCUUAAAAUACUGCAAGAAGGCGAGCCACAUUUUAUAGCCGAAUAUAACAUACAGCAAGUUCGGAAAUUAAUACUGGAGAUGAUACACCGAUUACCAAUAAGUGAAACUCUAAGGCAAUAUGUUAAAAGCAUAUUGAUCCUUAUGUUAAAACUCAUGGAAAUAGAAAAUGAAGAGAAUGUGUUGGUUUGCUUAAAGAUAUUUAUGGAACUUCAUAAACAGUAUAGACCUGCUUACUGCACAGAAGUCGAUAUUCAUAAAUUUCUCCAAUGGGUUAAGGGGAUCUACUCGGACUUACCAAAUCACUUACCAAAAAUCUUUGAACCCAAACCAACAAUAAGGGUUAAGGAUUUGUCAGAAGUUAACAUAGAUCAACUAUUGCAAGAAACUUACACAACAACACCAAUACAUACCGAAAAGAAAUUAUUAGAUGGCAGCGUUGUAACUUAUAACCUUAUUCCUCGCUCAGUGUUAUCGUUAAAGGUAAUACAAGAACUGCCCAUUAUAGUAGUUCUUAUGUAUCAACUUUACAAACAAAACGUUCAUCAAGAAGUUAGUAAUUUCAUACCACUAAUCAUGGAAACUAUAACGUUGCAACCAGCUGCGACACACAGACAAUCCACAUCUUUUAAUAAAGAAGUAUUUGUUGAUUUUAUGGGAGCUCAAAUUAAAACAUUAGCCUUCUUAGCAUACAUUAUAAGGAUAUAUCAAGAUACUAUUGCGAAUCAUGCUAGUCUAAUGGUAAAAGGUAUCAUUGGACUACUAACACUAUGCCCUCCUGAGGUAGCUCAUUUGAGAAAAGAACUAGUAAUAGCUACGAGACAUAUCCUUGCUACAGAUUUAAGGCUGAAAUUUGUUCCAUUUAUGGAACGUCUCUUUGAUGAGGAAGUAUUACUUGGUGGAGGUUGGACAGUACAUGAGUCUCUACGUCCACUCGCUUACUCAACUCUCGCCGAUUUGGUACAUCAUGUUAGACAACACCUUCCUUUAACUGACUUGGCUAUUGCAGCUCACUUAUUUUCAAAGAAUGUUCAUGAUGAAUCUUUGCCAACAAGUAUCCAGACAAUGUCAUGCAAGCUGCUGCUAAAUCUAGUGGACUGUAUCCGCCAGCGCUCAGAGAGCGAGGCGGGGACGCCGCAGGGCAGGCAUUUGCUCAUGCGCAUUCUAGAAGUCUUUGUACUCAAGUUUAAAACCAUCUCCAAGUUGCAGCUGCCUGCGCUCAUGGCUAAAUGCAAGCAAAACGCGCUGUCAAACCAAAAUGGUACAAAUGGCACUAGUACCACUACUCCAAACACUCCCACCACUCUUGCCCCUAGCACAUCCAGUACUCCUGCUCCCAGCACUUCUACAGUUGAAGUCAAAGUUGAAGAAGAGAAACCGACACCAGAUUUUCUUGAUAGUAUAAGCAAAGUCGAAGAGAAAUCAAAAAUAGGCUUCCCUACUACACAAAUGAAUAACCUUAAUGUAGGCGACUACAGGACUCUAGUUAAAACACUAGUUUGUGGAGUAAAAACUAUAACGUGGGGAUGCGCUUCUUGCAAGACUACAUCAACUACUGAAGGUACACCAGCAACAGCAAUUCCAAGUCAGAAACUGUUCAGUGCCAAAGAAACUCUCGUAUUUAUAAGAUUAGUACGCUGGGGCCUACAAUCUUUAGAUAUUUACACAUUGGCCGCUCCGAGGGUGCCGGUACAGCCGCCGGCGCAACCACAUGUGCGAUCUAAAGAAGAAAAAGAAGUACUAGAACAUUUUAGUGGCGUGUUUUCCAUGAUGAAUCCUCAAACUUUCCAAGAAAUUUUCACAGCGACCAUAUCCCACAUGGUAGAAAGAAUAAAUAAAAAUCCUACAUUACAAAUAAUAGCUAAUACAUUUUUAUCUAAUCCGGCAACAUCACCAAUAUUUGCAACUGUUCUAGUAGAAUAUCUAUUAAAACGGAUGGAAGAAAUGGGUACCAAUAUAGAAAGAUCGAAUUUAUAUCUAAGACUUUUUAAACUAGUCUUUGGCUCCGUUAGUCUUUUUCCGACUGAAAAUGAACAAAUGCUUCGACCGCACUUGCACAGUAUAGUCAACAAGGCUAUGGAUUAUGCCAUGACGGCAAAAGAACCUUACAAUUAUUUCUUAUUGCUACGAGCUUUGUUCCGUUCAAUCGGGGGCGGCAGUCACGACUUACUUUAUCAGGAGUUUUUGCCUUUACUGCCCAACUUAUUAGAGGGAUUGAAUCGCCUUCAGAGUGGUCUCCAUAAACAGCAUAUGAAAGAUCUUUUUGUUGAGUUGUGUCUAACUGUACCCGUUAGACUAAGUAGCCUAUUGCCUUAUCUACCAAUGUUGAUGGAUCCAUUAGUGUCUGCGCUCAAUGGGUCCCAUACUUUAAUAUCACAGGGCUUACGGACCUUAGAACUUUGUGUGGAUAAUUUACAACCCGACUUUUUAUACGAACAUAUACAACCCGUCAGGGCCGAUCUCAUGCAAGCUCUGUGGAGAACAUUACAAAAUAACGAGGUUGCAAGAAUCGCGUUUAGAGUGCUUGGAAAGUUUGGCGGUGGGAAUAGGAAAAUGAUGAUUGAACCUCAGAGAUUAGAGUACCGAGAAAGUGAUGCUCCACCUCCGGCCGUCCAGGCUCACUUCCAAGAUCAACCGAAACCAAUUGAUUUUGAAGUUGAUAAGAUUAUAGAAACCGCCUUUUCGGCAUUAAAGUCGAGCACAACCGACCCCUUCUAUCGCCGGCAAUGCUGGGAAGUUCUCCGAUGCUAUUUGGCAGCAUCAUUGAAUUUAGAUGACGACAAAGCAACUUUGCAUAAGCUAUUCAGUCAUCCUAGUUUCCUCGAAGGAAAGAUUCCUUCUCAAAAUGGUCCCUAUUAUAAAUGUAACAACAAUAUCGUUAGAAACACACACCGUACUGCACUAACUGGAAUGUUUGUCGCCGCGGCUAUCAAAGAAUUACGGCAUCACGUUUUACCAACUAUGGUAUCUCUAGUCCGUCAUUACACGCUAGUGGCUAUAGCCCAAGAAGCCGGCCCAUUCGCUGGCUCGGGAGGUCCCAAAGAGGGCCUCGACGCUUUAGUGCUAGUUGACGCAAUCGCUGUAGUGAUGGGCCACGAGGAAAAAGAAUUAUGUAAGCCUGGUCAUCUGGCUCUCGUGCUCAUGAUAGAAACGGCGGCGACGGUCCUGGGAAGUAAGGAGCGCGCCUGCCGUCUUCCUCUGAUGGAAUAUUUAGCGGAGCGAAUGUCGGCGCUAUGUUACGAACGAGCCUGGUACGCAAAACUGGGCGGAUGUAUCGCUGUCAAAUUUAUGUUCGAAAAAAUGGCACCCGAAUGGGUCUACAAGCACGUGUUCACGUUCCUCAAGGCGGUUUUGUUCGUGAUGAUGGAUUUAACGGGUGAGGUUUCAUCGGGCGCUAUAGACAUGGCAACGGUGAAUUUGGAGCGCCUCGUGCGCGUAUGUGUGUCGGGGCCGGGCGGGCCGGCCGCCGCGGAGCCCGACGGCGACGUGGGCGCGGCGCGCGCGCGCGCCCUGCACGACGUGCUGCAGGAACUCGUCCUGCAGGUCACCAGCCCGCACCUUCUCGUUCGCCAGCAGGCGAUGAAAUCCUUAGAGUUGAUCGCGGAGCUACAGAAUAAAACCGUGACGGAAGUGAUGGACCCGCAUAGAGAAGUACUAGCGGACAUCAUUCCGCCUAAAAAACAUUUGCUUCGACAUCAGCCGGCCAAUGCGCAGAUGGGUUUGAUGGAUGGAACGACCUUCUGCACUACACUGAAGCCGAGAUUGUUCACAAUAGACCUAAACAUCAACGAGCACAAGGUGUUCUUCCGCGAGCUGCUGUCGCUGUGCGAAGCCGAGGACGCCAUGCUAGGGAAGCUCCCGUGCUACAAGGGCGUGGUGCUGGCUCCUUUACGAGCCUCGGCACUGCGCGCGCUCGCCGCCUGCCACUACAUCCCGGACAGGAACUGCCGCGAGAAGAUCUUCCAGGUGCUCUACAAGUCGCUGGAGAAGAGCGACCCCGACCUGCAACAGGCUGGGUUCGAAUGCAUGCAGAAAUUCUUAUCGGGUUUCCAAAUCGACAUGGAGAUGGUACAUCCAGUUAUGCGUCCGCUUUUGCUCACGUUAGGUGACCACAGAAAUCUUAGCGUGAAUGGAGCCAAGCGACUCUCAUAUUUGACUCAAUUAUUCCCAUCCACGUUUAGUGAAAAACUUUGUGAACAACUACUGCAGUUGCUUAAAAAACUUCUAGAUUAUUCCAUACAAACUAAUAGAGGAGGAAACUUUCUUCAAAGCGUAUCAAAAAAUAUGGAAAAUGAACAGAAAAUCAUAAUAUUAAUCGGUAUAUUCCAUCAAAUACCCGCCGCGUCACCGCGAUUCAUCGAUGUCCUUUGUCGUUUGAUCUUUCAUACGGAGAAGUCUUUAAUGAUUGAAGCGGGAUCCCCUUUUAGAGAACCCCUUGUGAAGUUCUUACUCAGAUACCCGAAGGAGACGCUGGAGCUGAUAAUGAGCGACGCGAACAUAAAGGAGCAGCAGUGGAGCCGCUUCCUCGUGUACCUGGUGAAGCACGGCGCGGCGGGCGCGGUGUUCCGCGAGGCGCUGCAGGCCGGCAAGAAGCCGCGCCUGCUGCAGCUGCUGGCCGGCGGCGGCGAGCUGCAGUUCCAGGCCGUGCGCGUCGUGGCGCUGCUCGUCAAGUUCGACGGCCACUGGCUGUCCGCGCAGCACGACGUCGUCGAGCUGCUCGAGCGCAUCUGGUGCAGCGACACCUACCACGAAGUUCAUAAAAAAGUCGAAAACGUCGACUGUACACAUUGGAAGGAGCCUAAAUUAAUCGUUAAGAUUUUACUGCAUUACUUCUGUCAUCAUCCGUCGAAUAUCGACUUACUGUUUCAAUUAUUACGGGCGCUUUGCGACCGUUUUAUACCUGAUUUUCAAUUUCUACGUGACUUUCUGGAGAAUACAGUGGCGCAAAAUUACACUGUAGAAUGGAAACGUUCCGCAUUUUUCCGAUUUGUGGAGCACUUUUCGAGCGAUGCAAUGUCUCAAGAGCUCAAGGCGAAAGUUUUGCAAAUGAUUCUUAUUCCGUGUUUCGCCGUUAGUUUCGAGAAAGGCCAGAAGAUAGUUGGAGGUCCGCCGGCUCCUUACCAGGAUAACCCGGACAACGUCGUGUCUGUUUUUAUAAACAAUGUGAUCGACCCGGAGAACCCGUUCGCGUGCUCGGACGCGGUGCGCAUCUCGCUGCUGCAGUUCGCGUGCCUGCUGCUGGAGCAGGCGUCGGCGCACAUCCACGACGCCAACAACAAGAAGCAGGGCAACAAGCUGCGCCGCCUCAUGACCUUCGCCUGGCCCUGCCUGCUGGGCAAGAACUACGUCGACCCCGCCACCAGAUAUCACGGACAUUUAUUGCUGAGUCACAUCAUUGCUAAGUUCGCCAUUCAUAAACGCAUAGUUUUGCAAGUGUUCCACAGCCUACUGAAGGCACACGCAGUGGAGGCGCGCGCGGUGGUGCGCGCGGCGCUGGAGAUCCUCACGCCCGCCAUGCCGCAGCGCAUGGAGGACGGGAACACCAUGCUGACGCACUGGACCAAGAAGAUCAUCGUGGAGGACGGCCACUCCGUGCAGCAACUCUUCCACAUACUGCAGUUGGUCGUUCGCCAUUACAAGGUAUACUAUCCUGUGCGCCAUGCGCUGGUGGGACACAUGGUGGCGGCGAUGCAGCGGCUGGGCUUUUCGGCCACUGCGUCGCUGGAGCACCGCCGCCUCGCCGUCGACCUGGCCGAGGUGGCGCUCAAGUGGGACCUGCAGCGCAUCCGCGACCACUCCGGAGACACCAUUGUGUCUACAUCUCCAAGCGGUGCUAUGAAAAGAACAUCGUCAGAUGAAACCGGUAAUGAACCCCGAAAAGCUCUCAACACGGGCUGGGCCAGCCCACAGGCGAGCAUGUCGCGGGUGGAACCCGACGCCGCCAAACCUCUCGACAGGCAGCAUGUCGACGUUGUCGUUAAUCUUCUGCUUAGACUCGCAUGCCAGGUGAACGACAACAACGCGGCGGGUGCGGCGGCGGGCGCGGGCGCGGGCGCGACGGGCGGCGCGGGCACGCCCGGCGAGCAGCUGGCGCGCCGCUGCGUGCUGCUGCUGCGCGCCGCGCUCAAGCCCGACGUGUGGCCGCACCUCUGCGAGCCGAAGCUGGCUUGGCUCGACAAGGUAUUUUCGACGGCCGAGUCUAGUGUCAACGCGUGCACUAACGCCUGUACGGCCCUCGAACUUCUCGUCUUUCUUUUGGGGGUUCUUCGACGCGACCAGAUACUCGCCGCUCUGAAACCGCUACAGAGGGGAUUAGCCGCAUGCGUGACGUCGUCCAAUGCUAAAAUAGUUCGCCUGACGCACAACCUGCUCGCCAAGCUGACGUCUCUCUUUCCCACUGAGCCGUCCGGAGCGGCGCAGGCCUCCAAGUACGAGGAGCUGGAAACCCUGUACGCCAGCGUGAGCAAGUACGCGUUCGAAGGGUUGGCGACUUACGAGAAGUCGACGGGCGGCGCGGGCGCGGCGGGCGGCGCGGCGGGCGGCGCGGGCGCGCUGCUGGGCCCGCUCAUGAUGCUGAAGGCGUGCUGCGCCUCCAGCGCCGGCUACGUGGACCGCCUGCUGCUGCCGCUCAUGCGCGUGCUGCAGCGCAUGGCGCGCGACCACGUGGCGCCCAGCCCGGACGCCGCCACCUCCGACCUCCUGAUCUUGGCACUCGACCUCUUAAAAGCCCGCGUGUCUGUGAUGACUGUAGAAACGAGGAAAACGUUCAUUGGCACGAUACUCGUUGGGCUCAUAGAAAAAACCAAUGAUGCUAAAGUUAUGAAAGCGAUAACUCGCAUGGUAGAAGAAUGGGUAAAAUGGAAGGGUGCGGCAGCCGUAGCGGCGCCGUCUUUGCGCGAAAAAUCUAUACUGCUCGUGAAGCUCAUGCAGUACGUCGAGAAGAGGUUCCCCGACGACCUCGAGCUCAACGCCCACUUCCUAGACCUCAUCAACUACGUGUACAGAGAUGAAACAUUGAAAGAGUCAGAAUUGUCAACAAAAUUAGAGCCAGCCUUCCUGGCUGGUUUGCGAUGUCCGCAGCCUCAUAUUCGUGCAAAGUUCUUUGAAGUGUUCGAUGGCAGCGUACGUCGUCGUAUAUACGACCGUCUGAUUUAUAUAAUGUGCUCUCAAAAUUGGGAACACAUCGGACAGCAUUUCUGGAUUAAACAAUGUUUAGAGUUAUUACUUGUGACUUGUGUCCCCACUUCUCAAAUUCGAUUAUCGAAUUCAAAAUAUCUUCUUCCGAACAUAACGGCAGUAAUCAAUUGGGCGGAUAGCGAAGAAAGAAAGUCCUUUGUAAUAUUUAGCAAUGUAAAAGAAGAAACUGCGGAUGGAUACAGUGACUCACUCGAUCCUGAUAAAGAGGAUGUACUAGAUAUGGAUUUAGACUCGAAUUCAAAUCCGAAAGAUGAUUUGACUAAAAAUGUUCCAAACAGACAACGCGCGCUGGCGCAGAUCGUGAACAAGCAGUCGGAGUUCCUGGAGCUGGCGCGGCGCGUGCGCACGGAGCAGCUGGUGGUGGCGGCGGCGCAGCUGGCGCACAUGGACGACGCGCUGGCGCACCACAUGUGGCUGCGCCUGCUGCCCGCGCUCUGGGCCGCCUUCGACGAGCGCCAGCUGGCGACGAUAAUGGCUGAAACUACGCCGUUUUUAAUAUCGGGAAUUCACGUCGUCCAGAGAGAUCAACCGUUGAGUGCCCUUAACACUUUUAUCGAAGCACUCGCUCGAUGCAACCCGCCGGUCGUUUUAAAACCGCCUAUGAUGAAGUAUCUUGGCAAGACGCAUAAUUUGUGGCAUCGUAUGACACUUAAUCUGGAACAAAUGGCUAUAGACCAAGCCAGUGGUCGAACCGUCAAAGAUGCGAUAGAGGUCUACGAUUAUGAAGUUGAAACGACUACGCCUACCGAGGUUUUAGAUUCAUUAAGUGACAUGUAUGAAUUACUUCAAGAGGAAGACAUGUGGUCUGGACUCUGGUUAAAACAUGCUAGAUAUCGGGAAACAAAUAUUGCUAUCGCUUAUGAACAGCAAGGCUUCUUUGAGCAGGCACAGGGUGCCUACGACGUCGCUAUGGGUAAACUAAAACAAGAAUAUUCUACAAAUCCGUCGUCUUAUAACAUGCACAAGGAAUGUAAUCUGUGGUCUCAACAUUGGUUGAAAUGUGCGAAGGAGCUCAAUCAAUGGGACUCAUUACUGGAUCUCGGAUUGUCGCGAAGCUCUCGAGAUCCAUUUUUGAUAUUGGAAAGUUCAUGGAGGAAUCCGAAUUGGCCGACUAUGAAGGAAGCACUCGCUGAAGUCGAGUUUAACAGUCCGAAGGAAUUGUCGUGGCUGGUGAACCUGUACCGCGGCUACCUGUGCAUCUGCGCCGGUGGCGAACAGCAACUGAGCGGCGUGGAGCGGCACGCGGAGGCGGCGGCGGCGCAGUGCCUGCGCGAGUGGCGCCGCCUGCCGCGCCUCGUGUCGCACGCGCACCUGCCGCUGCUCCGCGCCGCGCAGCAGCUCAUGGAGCUCAGCGAGGCCGCGCAGAUCCACACCGGUCUGCUACACAGUCGGCCGACUUCGCUGCACGACAUGAAGGCCAUAGUGAAGACGUGGCGCAACCGGCUGCCCGUGGUGGCCGACCCGCUGUCGCACUGGGGCGCCAUCUUCACCUGGCGCCAGCACCACUACCAGUUCAUCGCCUCGCACUACGACUCGCAGACCGACCACGCCUCUAACCACAGCAUGCUUGGCGUACAUGCUAGUGCGCAGGCCAUCAUACAUUUUGCUAAAAUAGCGAGAAAGCACAAUCUCUCCGGCGUUUGUCUAGAUUCAUUACAUCGCAUAUACACGAUUCCGAGCGUUCCCAUAGUAGACUGCUUCCAGAAGAUACGACAGCAAGUCAAAUGCCACAUACAGAUGUCUUGGACUGAGGGCAAGGACGAAUUGCAAGAGGGAUUGGACAUGAUAGAAUCCACUAACUUUAAAUAUUUCACGAAAGAAAUGACAGCAGAGUUCUAUGCAUUCAAAGGAUUGCUGUUAGCUCAGUUGGGCAGAUCGGACGACGCGAACAAGGCGUUCGCGGCGGCGGUGCAGUUACAUGAUACCCUUGUAAAGGCUUGGGCACUGUGGGGAGAUUAUUUGGAACAGAUUUUCAUACGAGACCCUCGUCAGACACAAGUCGGCGUGUCCGCUAUGACCUGUUUCCUCCACGCUUGUAGACAUCAAAAUGAAUCUAAGUCUAGAAAAUAUUGCGCUAAGGUUCUCUGGAUGUUAAGUUAUGACGAUGAAAAGAACAGCCUUGCAGAGGCUUUGGACAAAUACUCAGUUGGCGUGCCGCCCGUACAGUGGCUGCCGUGGAUCCCGCAGCUGUUGGCAGCUCUUGUGCAGUAUGAUGGCAACGUCAUAUUGAACCUUCUGAGCCACGUGGGUCGUUUGUACCCUCAAGCAGUGUACUUCCCGAUCCGCACGCUGUACCUUACGCUUAAGAUCGAACAACGCGAGCGCCACAAGAGCGCCGAGAGCCUCGCGCACCAGCCCGCCGCUGGCGCUGCUGCCACGCCGUCGAAGGCGGGCGAGGGCCCGGCGGCGGGCGGCGCGGCGGGCGCGGCCGAGGCGGGCCCCAUCAAGGCCACGCUGCCCAUGUGGCGCUGCUCCAAGAUCAUGCAGCUGCAGCGCGAGAUCCACCCCACCGUGCUCUCCUCGCUCGAGGGCAUCGUGGACCAGAUGGUAUGGUUCCGCGAGAACUGGUACGAGGAGGUGCUGCGGCAGCUCCGCGCGGGGCUCGCCAAGUGCUACGUCGUGGCCUACCACCACCGCUCCGCCGUCUCCACCGCCACCGUCACUCCGCACACGCUCAACUUCAUCAAGAAGGUCGUGUCCACCUUCGGCAUUGGCAUCGGGAUAAAAAGUGUUUCAAGUUCUGUAAGUGGUGCAUUCUCUUCAGCUGCCUCGGAGAGCCUCGCGAGGCGCGCGCAGGCCACCGUGCAGGACCCCGUCUUCCAGAAGAUGAAGACUCAGUUCACUGCUGAUUUUGACUUCACUCAACCCAACGCUAUGAAAUUACAGAACCUUAUACAAAAACUUAGGAAGUGGGUCAAGAUUCUCGAGGCCAAAACAAAGGUUCUGCCCAAAUCAUUCCUUAUCGAAGAAAAAUGUAGAUUCUUAUCAAACUUCAGUUUGAAGACGGCCGAAAUUGAACUUCCAGGCGAAUUUCUGUUGCCCAAGCAUUCACAUUACCACGUAAAAAUAGCACGCUUCAUGCCGCGCGUGGAAAUAGUUCAGAAACACAAUACCUCUGCACGUAGACUAUACAUACGGGGACACAACGGAAAGAUAUACCCGUAUCUCGUGGUGAACGAUUCCGGACUAGGAGACGCUAGAAGAGAAGAACGCGUCCUUCAACUGCUCAGGAUGCUCAACCACUACCUCGCCAAGCAGAAAGAAACUUCGAGACGAUUUUUACACUUCACCGUGCCGCGAGUCGUAUCCGUUUCGCCUCAGAUGCGUCUCGUGGAGGACAACCCCAGCUCCAUAUCGCUGUUAGACAUAUACCGCACCGAGUGCGCCAACAGAGGUGUGGAGUACGAUGCUCCCAUAGCUCGUUACUACGAAAGAUUAGCUGCCGUUCAAGCUCGAGGAUCACAAGCGUCUCACCAAGUUCUGCGCGACAUAUUACGAGAAGUGCAGGCCACGAUGGUGCCGCGCGCGCUGCUGCGCUCGUGGGCGGCGCGCACGUUCGCCGCGCCCGCCGACUACUGGACGUUCCGCAAGCUGCUCACGCUGCAGCUGGCGCUGGCCGCCGCCGCCGAGUACGCGCUGCACCUCACGCGCCUGCCGCCCGACGCGCUCUACGUGCACCACGACUCGGGCCUGCUCAACGUCGCCUACUUCAAGUUCGACGUCGACGACACCACGGGCGAACUGGACGGCAACAGACCGGUGCCGUUCCGCCUGACGCCGAACAUUGCCGAGCUCCUGACCAACAUCGGCAUCACCGGCCCUCUCACGGCCUCUGCUAUCGCCGUCGCUCGUUGCCUCGUCACACCUAAUUUCAAGAUUCAGUCGAUCUUACGAACAAUUUUACGCGACGAAAUGGUUACCGGCUACAGAAAACGCCUCGAGGAUAAAUCCGGACUGUCGACAGCUGGAACUUCCGCUGACAAAUCGAUGGAGAUGGACAAUGAAACUAUUAUCAAUAUGGUGACAAAAGCCGUUACGGUUAUUAUGAAUCGCCUGAACUCUCUCGCCUCGUUCGACGGACCCGAUAGCAAAGUUGCUACACUGGUGGCUGCGGCCAUGAGCCCCGACAAUUUGUGUCGAAUGGAUCCCGCUUGGCAUCCUUGGUUGUAAGCUUUUCUUAUAUAAAUCUUCCUUUAAUGUAAAAGUAUUUGUUUUUGUAUAUUUAAUCUAUUUCUAUCUAAA